ACGUGUAAACUGAUUUUUUGGUUACACACACGUGUUUUUAAAGUUAAAUCUUAAAAUUUCUUCAUUUACACAAUAUAGUGUAACAAUUGUGUAGUCAGAUCGUUAAUACACAUUUUCUAGAAAAUAUUGUCUUAACUGUAGCUAGACGUUCAGUGAACUAAAAAUGUAAUUUUAUGAAGAGCUAUGUCCAAAGAAGGUUAUAGUGCAGAAAAGAAAGAAGGAGAUAAUAAAGCUGUUUUAGAGAGACUACAAACAUACUUAAAGGAUAAGAAAAGUACUGAAAGUGUAGAUACAGGUACCAGUUACAGCAAACCUAGCACAAGUUUCGAACAAAGUGCGCUCACCGUGCCAGCACUCGAAGACAGUAGUAACGUUUUAAGGGAGGUUCUAAACCACAAGAAGGCGGAAUUACUACGCCAACCGGAAGUAAUUGCUUAUUUAAAGUCGGUGUCGUCGGAUCUCAAGAAAUAAGAUGGCUGUGGCGGCUCAAAAAAGUGUAACAUCGUUAAUGCAAAAAACUUUAAAUAGACAAGCAGCUAUGGCCCGUUUAAAGUUUAAAUUCAAUAAAAACCAAGUAGAACAUAUACUAUUGAGUUAUAUACAGAGUAGGAAUGUAGGUAGUUAUACUGAACUACUGAAAGUACUGCAGGAAUAUCAGUUAAAUGAUGAUAAUUUUCGAAUUCUAAUUGAAGAUAGCUUGUCAUGUGUCGUUUUGUUAGGUAGGGAGUGUAGCCAGUUUGUUGAACUAGUUUGUGGUGUGGAGUGGGCAAUGCGUAAUGAAGAGCUUGUGGAAAUGUUCAAUAAAUUUGUUACAAGCCUUGUUACAGCACAUAUUUACCACUGUCCCAAAGUUAUGAAUGCUUUCAUGAAAAUGUUUAAAGCUGAUGGUGAAAACUGGGGGGACAGUCCACCUGAUGAGUCAAUAGCUAAAUGGUCUAACAUUCACACAAUUAUUGCACAAAUUGUUGCAAUCAUACCUAUGACUAGUGAUAUCCUAAUUAAGACAGUGAUAGAACAAUUCCCAUACUACAAAGCUGGCUGUUACGUCAACAGGGCGUUUAUAUACAAUUUGAUAUGGAUGACCAAGUACAUACCCCUACUACGGGAACAAAUUAUGACAGUAAUAGUUAAUAGAAUGAUUAUGAUGGAUGUUAACAUAGUAGACAAUUCUAAGAAUAAAAUGCCAACCGAAGUAUUUGAAAUGGAUAUGGAAGAUCAGAAUAGUGUCUCCGAAACCCUAGACUACUGUAUGCUGGAAAUGUUGAGAUGGCUUGAAGAUGAAAGAGACACAACACUUAGUAUGUUAUGUAAUGUAUUUGAAAGGGUUAUUUUACCAACUCAUGGGAUUAGACAUGUCCAAUUCUUGCUACUCUAUGCUAUAUCAAUAAACCAACAAUGCGCUGAUAAGGUCCUCUCGAACUUGUGGGUUGUCGCCGCUGGUCUUCACGGUUUGGGACCCGGGGCAUUAGCCACGAGGCGGACCGCAGUCAGCCACCUCGCUGGACUCCUAGCCAGAUGUGUCCGAGUACCUAACACUAGACUAGUACAAUACUUGAAAAGUAUGGCAGAAUGGUGCCACUCGUACAUAACGGCAACACAAGAAUCAACUACAGCUAGUGACAACACAAAAGUUCAUGGAGCAUUCUAUGCAAUUUGCCAUGCAAUUUUCUAUCUUGUAGCAUUUAAAAAUCAUCACUUAUUUAUGAAUAAAGGAAGUGUCAACUUCGUCGAAUCGCUAAACUUACCUCGCCUCGUGACUUGCAACCUGAACCCGCUUCGCACGUGUCCGCCGCAAGUCACACACACAUUCUCGUCAGUGACGAGAUCUCACCAAGUGGUAUACUGCCAAGCCAUUAUUGAGAAAAACAUGAGACAUACGUUACAGUCAACAUCAAUACAACAGUAUGACGAAUGGUUCCCGUACGAUCCAUACACAUUACCUAUAUCUGGAAAAAUAAUUUGGCCGCUCUGCAUUGAAUACAAAGACUUUCUCAAAGGUGAUGAUGAAACACAGUAUUCUUGCAUGAAGAAGAAAAUAGAAGCUGAGGAAGACGAUUACCUGAUGGUCACAGACUCCUCUCAAAAACUAGCUAGUUCUCUAACCAAUACUGUAUCACCAGGUUUCCGAACAAGCGAAAGUAUAUUUGUAUAGAUGUAAACAUUAGGUAUGUUUACAUCACGUCAUAGUUUAAUAACAAACAGCAAACAAUUAAGACGAAACCUAUAAAUGCAGGAUGCAAGCAAUUUUGUAUAGCUGGGUGCGCUAAGGAAGAGAAUACUGGGCUUGGAUAUUCACUUGUUUUAAACUCUUUUAGUGCUGUUAACCGCUCACCUUUACAGCUUCUCAGGACGAAAAUGGGUGCAAGUACUGUUAGGCAUUUCAAACUAGUGAAAGGUCUUGUUGUGGUCUCGAGACCGCCGGAUGUGUCUAGUCUGGGCUAGAAUUUAAGCUCCUAAUUUAGAUCCCCGUUAAAAUGAAAUAAGGGAUCGAUCAAAAGUUUUAAGUUUUUUUUUUUAGCUAAUACAAUAUUAUUUAUUGUAGAUAAAAUUGGUUUUCUAUUAGUAAUAAAUUAUAUGUCAUUACUUUGUUUGUUCUGACUGAAAUUUACAGCCAAAACUAUGAGGCUGAAACUUGGAGCAUAAUUUUAUAGUGUAACAUAAACUAUGAAAGGAAAUCUGGAAAUUGUCCUUCCGCGCAAUAAGAGAUCUUAUUCCUUAGAACUUUAGAUUUCGUUUUCAUAAUAUCAGCGGUUUAAUAAUAUUUAAACUACUGAACUACCCUGAACACUCAACUUACAAAAAUUUUGUUAUUGUAGAAUCCCAUUACAAAAAAAACUGUUGAUAUCCCAAACUUGAGUGUAUAAUGUACUCUAAAAUAUAUAUAGUGAUAUGGAAUAAUCUUACAUUUUCAAUGUUGGUGAUAAUUUGGAUGUUUGGUCUUUUCAAGACUGGCAGAAGUAUAGAGAAUAUUCAUUCUUAAUGAUUUUAUUUCUAUACAAACAUAAACCAGUGUUUUAUUUGUCAAAUAGAUCUCUAUUUUACUCAUGGUAUUUCAACCUAUUUUUUUUAUAGAAUAAGUUUGUUACUAUA